AUGGCACAUAACCUGGCUCUGAAUUCCUUAUUCCCGCACUCCGUCUCCUUUGACCAUUUCGAGCCGGACUUGUACGACCAUUUCGAGCCCGUACACACGGAUCCGGACACCCUGGGAGUUGUCGCACGGGUGGGCGAACGGAUCCCUGUGCUCUCUGGGGUCUUUCAGCUGCUCCAUGAGUUGUCCGGAAACGAGGAGGCCCUCGAGCGCGCCAGACGAGCAGACCCCUUGGGCUCCAAUGGGGUGUUGACGCAUGCAGCAGAGCAUAUACCCUUGGUGAACUCGGUGUUGCAGGCGGUGCACAAAGAAAGAGAUGACAAAGAAGCCUUGGAGCGAGCGCAACUCCGGAAUCCCAUUGGAAGCCAAGGCUACUUGACCAAAGCCUUGGAACAUAUCCCCUUGGUCAGUGAUGGCAUGGUCGCUUAUCAUCGGUACCAGGGUGACGAUGUGGCCGCUGAACGUGCCAGAGGCUAUUCCGUGGAAAGGCUUUUCAGCCGAGAUGGUGCCAUUACGCGCGUCGCCGAGCUGGUGCCAGGCUCCAACCUGUUUGAACGCUUUGAGCGGGCCUUGAACCUCUAUGAAAGCUGGAGCGCCUUGGGCUCCGGAAACCCCGACAGCGGCUUGUGGCAAAUGGCGGAGCUGCUGCCGGGCGGUGAUGCCGUCGCCUUUGCCGUGCACUUGCAAUCCGGACACUAUGCACAAGCUCUGCGCACAGUGACCAAAACCAGCUGGGUGAAUGUGCAGACGCCCGAGCUGAUCUUUUCCCUUCGCUGUCAGAGUCUCACGCAUCUCUGGUGCGACAAGGUUGACAUCCAGGAGGUGGAUGUGAUUCCAAGGCAACUUUCCUUGGUCGUGGGUAUGUCUGAUAUGGCGGCGAACUUUCUGCGCAUCGACCGACAGGGACAUCGUCGCCAUAUCAAAGAUCCCGAAGAUUCUGGAGACGCUCAAGGAAUGACCGCAAUGGAAUACUCAAAGGAGCUACUCAAGGGAGUGGUGGAUGAGAUUAUUUCACUUCGAGUCGACUACUUCACGAGAAUGGUGCCAACUUACGCUGAUUGGAUUGUUGAGUGGCAGACCUAUGGAUUUUCAAAGCACCAGGCGAUUGCCAGCAUCAAAUUGGCUGCCAAGCAGCAUGGUCUUGACAUCGCUGGUGGUACCAUCCGCAGAACAUCUUCACGCUUUUGCUUGGGUGUCGAGCACGGUGACUACAAUGGCACAGAGCUCUUUGGUGUUGGCACGGACCGUUUCAUUUGGAUGGCCUACAAGCCGAACAAUUCUGGAAAGAUUCGAAUCUUCAGCCAGAAUUUUCCCGGGGAGGGUGUUGUGGAGUUUCAACCAGGGCAGGUGCCAGCUCCAAAGUCUUCAUCCAUCUCUGAGACCUGGGCACGCUUUCCCUACGGCGUGGACUUCGUUCUUCGGAAGAGUGGCUUUGACACCUCGCGUGGGUUCGAUGCUGUGUUAAUUGGCAACAUCCCUGGUGGAGGGAUGUCUCGAUCAGCUUCCUUGGUCCUGAACCUGAUGCUGACCAUGCUGGAAAUCAACAAAAAUACCUUGCCUGACGGUGAUUUCAGGGUUGUGAAAAUGGCGCAACAGGUUGAGAAUGACUGCAUUGGAACACCUUGUGGCAACCUUGAUCAAAUCAUGAUCUACUAUGCAAGACACGGAAUGGGAACUCGCUUUGAUCCCAAGACCAACAAGGUCAGCUAUGUUCCGCUUGGUAUGGAUACCAAUGAAUUUCGCAUUGCUGCCUUGGACACUGGCACUGUCCGCCAUGGCUUGGAGAAAACCACCUAUGCCGUGCGUGUCAAGGAAUGUAGGGAAUUGGUCGCUUUACUCCAGCAAAGUGGUUACAAGGUGCAAAGUUUGGGUGACAUCAAAGAGCGCAAGACUUACGAUGAAAUAUUGGCCAAGUUUGGCAAAAGUCAUCCCAAUCUCUGUGAGAGACUGGAGUACAUCUUCUUUGCACAGGAGCGCUUUGAGGGCAUGGUGAAAGCCUGGAGGGAAGGAAAGAUCGAGGAGGUAGGUGCCAUCUUCCGGCGUGAUGGAAUUGGUCUGCGUGAUGAAUAUCAAAUCUCAGGACCAGAACUAGAGACCAUGGUCAACAUCGCUCGAACUAUACCUGGUGUGAUUGGCGAGCGUAUGCUUGGCGGUGGUGACAAGGGUGCAUCUGGAGCUAUCUUGCGACCGGACGCUGAGCAAGCUCUCCGCAAUGCUGUGGACACUGGCUACAAGCGCUCGUACCCUGACCUGGCUGACAAGUGCGCCGUUCAUGUCGUACGAGCUUGCAAGGGAGUAGAAGUGCUCGAGGGCUUACUUUGA